UAUUAUCCAAGUAUUAAAAUAGGGGGGGAAAAAAGUGGUGAGAUUAUUUUAGUGAUGAAAAUAGUUUUAAGUGUAAUUAUGGUUGUUAAGUUGUCAGGUCUCUGUCACACAAAUCCUUAAACACCUGCAUAACCUCUACCUAAUGGAUGAGGGGUGAGAUGAAGUAGGUUGAAGUGCUCGUUUGUCUGGAGAACGUUACAACAUCAGUCAUUAAAUGAGAGCUAAGUAGCUGCUAUGAAUCAGCAUUGCUUUGUGUAGCAGUUUCACAGGAGUUAAAGAAACUCUCUCAGAUGUUACGACAGUCAAAUGUCUCGCGUGGCUGUAGUAUGCUGCAGCUGCUAUACCCUAGUUAUAUCAUAAAAUAACUUGGGGUGAAGAGACCUCUGCAGGCUGAAUACAACGCUCUGCUCAAAGCAGACCUGGUGUCAGGGCAAGAUCACGUUGCUGGUUUUUCAGAACUGUAGUUUGACUGUUCACAACCAGAUCCUGCAAACGCGUGCCUGCACGCUCUCCUUUCUGCCCCAGAGCAGGCCUGUUGGCUGUACUAAUGAGCUCUCUUUCUUGAAGUUAAGCAUCUGCCUGAGUGUUGGCAGGACAGAAACACAUCGUUCUAUCAGCUUAAUAGUUUCACCACCAGAAAUAUCUCAGUGCUGGCAUUAACAAGUUCCUAACGUAAUCACAAUUGUAUUUUGAUGCUCGGAUGUUUUCAUUACGCUCAGCGCCUACUUGUGACCAGUCAUCUCAUCUGGGUAGACAGGUCCCACUGUGUGGAGGCUUUCUGGGGCACAGAGCAGGAGCAGAGGUCCCUGUGUCCAGCAGUUUGUUGGCAGCGAGCUGGACUGCCUUGUCUGUCUCUUGAAUGCUUUACGCUCCAAUGUGCAGAGUCUGAAUUAAUUUACGUGUACCCGUUAACGAUUCCAGAACCAGUGUUUUGGAUGCAGAGUUUUCCUUGACAACUGCAGCCCCCUUUCCUUAGUCAGCUGUGGGUUCACGGUCUCUCCAUCCUGCAGUUCUUCCUGCAGGGAGAUCUGGCUCAUCUAAAGGCUGGUCAGGAGGACAGAGCUGGCUGCAGUCAGUCCUGUGCCUCCUCCCCGGGGAUGAUCGUGGGUAAUGCAAUCACACACUGCUGUUCACUAAGAUGGGUGUGAAUCCAAGCCUGUGCCACGCUGUGGGCUGUAGAAGCGGCACUGCACUUAGUCCAGUGCAAGUGGAUCAUGUGACAGUGCUGAUGUUGUACUGUAUGCUAAUUAGUUAAUUAUUUUUAUCGUCAGGCCAAAACUAAAUAGAGGGGCUGUGCUUGAUGCAGAGACCAGAUCCAGUUGUCAAUCCUGCUAAUGCCUCUGCACAUGAGUAACUUCAGGCACAGUUCUUCCAGCCAAGGGAGUGGGGGUAAGGAGCUACAAGAGGGCUGGUGCAUUUGUGGACAGCCAGCCUUCAUCAAGGCAGAGUCUUCUUGGCUCAGUGUCUUUGGUCAGAUCCUGGCCAAAUGCAGAUACCAAGGGAAGGAUAAAAGCAGGGAGUCGGCGUGGGGUAAAUUUUCCCAGCCUUUAGACACUUGUGAUUAGGGACUCGCUGAGCCGGAGGAGAGGUCUUUGUACUGAAAAGCUCUUGAUGGAUUUUGUUAUGGUAUAAAGUUCAGGUAUCAGUAGGGGUCAAAUCCUGCUCACCUUACUGAGCUGUCCGCUUUGGGUCUGUCUGCAUGCCCAGGACUGUCCUAGGUUGUAUCAGUGGUUAGGUUAGCCCUGCUUCUCUUCUUGGUGUGUUUUUGCUGCUUUCACUCAAUGUACUUUUGUGCAGCAUGUUGUAGCGCAGUCAUACUUGGACCUCAGUGUCAGCUGAAGUGAGCUGGGCUUGGUAUUUGAUAGGGCAGGCACAGCCAGCAUGCUGGCACUGGGGGUUUACUGGGAGCUGCGAAGACCGCCUCGAUUGCUGCAUGUUGAUUCCUGCUCCUUGCUUGCAGGUCUGGAGUUGUCUCACUGUGUAGGUGCUGGCUCGCUGGGCCCUCCUGUGCCUUGGAGGUCUGGGGGGCCCUGUAAGAUGAAGAGGGUCCGCACAGUCUUCAAACCAGAACAGCUGGAGCGGCUGGAGCAAGAGUUCCUCAAGCAGCAGUACAUGGUGGGCACGGAGCGAGUAGACUUAGCUGCAACCCUGCAUCUCACUGAGACUCAGGUGAAAGUCUGGUUCCAGAAUCGGAGGAUCAAAUGGAGGAAGCAGAGCAUGGAGCAGAAGAAGGCAAAGCUGACUCAGUUUGGAGUGAUUCAGCCUGCUGCUGCAGACUCAACAGACAUCAAGGACCACGAGGAGGACACUGUGGAUGUUGAACUUUGAGCAGCUGGUGAGAAUCAGCUACCACUGUUUCAGAGCAAAAACUACAACCAGUUUACAGCUGUGUCUGCCCGAUGGAGAUACUGGGGAUGCAGACAUAUUUGUGCUUCUUUGGUCCAAGCUAGACAUUAAGCUCUUACCUGAGCGUUUGAGCUACAGGACUAAACUGCUGCUGGUUGGGAGGAAAUCUCCAAACACAGAGGCCCCUGUCUGGUAGCUGUGUGCUGCAGUUCCUGGAGCUUAGUCAUCAGGUCAGUUCUGCCUGAUGGUGCUGUGGUUGUGGCAAGGCAGCUGAUCUCACUCGUUCACUAUUGAAGUACCAGGAAGCACAAACCAUUUUCAGUAGAGAGGCUGGGGUGCCAAUUAGAUGGUGUCCCUGACUGUUGUGAGGGACUGUAAGGGCUUCUGAACCCAGGGUCACUUGUGUUGCCUGUUACUGUGUGCUGCUAGGAGAGACACUUGUGCUGGGAGAAGAAUCAGCCGGAUUGUUUUUUCCUGGGCAAUUUGAUUCCCAUGUUUGCUUGGAUUGCAACAAAUCAAAGUCCCUUGCUCCUACCCACGAACUGUAUCGUUACAGUUGCAGUAAGAUGAACAGGGUCUGAGCAAACACCGGAAGUGAGCUGCAGGGCAUGCCACUGCCACGACAGCAGGGCUCUAUCCCAGGUCUGGUCCUGCCUCUCCUCUGCCCUUGACCUGAUCUUAGCUCCAUGCAGUUGUGGCAAAGGGGUUCCCACAUGGCUGCAGAAUCAGGCCCCGGGUGAGAACAAGGCAGCCCGAAGAGUAAGUCUUCCUGAGUGCUUGCAGCCUGGAACAGAAGUGCCUUCUCCAGUCCUGCUCGCCGUUUGGUGUAUUUUUGCCUUUGUUUUGGCUUCUAAAACCCAGAUGACAGAACCUGGUGUGUCCCCUUGCCUUCUGGUGUUGCCUUACUUCACCAAGAUUAUGUGCUGCUGCAGGAGGGAUUUAGGCACCCUGGUUCAUUGAGGUGUGUGGCCAGGGCUUUUAUAAAAAGACAGCUUUCAAACACCUCUGAUGCUUCAUACACCGCCCCCCCCCCCAAUCCAGAUGUGAUUCUGGCCCAGAUGGCAGUUGCUGUGUUCUGUCCCAAUUACACAUUAAGGUGCCGUGGGAAACAGCAUCUGGAGCUUUUGGCUAGCGCAUCUAUAACUGCACAGUGCAGUUAGUAAUUUUGUUUUUAGUGGGUGGAAGGGCUUUGAGGGCUCAGGACUAAGUAUUGGACUCUCCCUGCCUGUGUUUUAGUAAUUCUUAGGGGCUGGUGCCCGUCCCAGCAGCAGCCAAGUGCUCUUAGGUCAGGCUGUGAGCACUCGAGCUGUCAGGUGGCCUUCCUAGGUUUGCCUGGGGUACCAGGCAUGAUGUCGCAUGAGCUCAGGAUAAUUUAUUGUCUCUUUUCUGACCUGGAACACUGUAUAUCACUUUACUCUUAUAUUGUUAUUUAUAGAAAAAACUUUUUUCUUGA